AUCAGUUGUUGUUCAGUUUCGAAGGUUAAAUUGAGAUUUCAUCGCAGUAUCAAAAAACGUCUUCUACUACGAAAAAGAAAACGAUGCAAGUCACAGUGAUGGCAAAAGCUGUCUCGUUCUUCUUCUGGCACUUCUCCUUGCUGCUGGUGUACAUGGCGUCACAAGCUCAGGCAGAAUGUCUAGUCAACAUCGCUCAGGGUGCGGUCAGGGGUUCCGUGAUGACGUCACUUCACGGAAGAGAUUUCUGUUCUUAUAGGGGCAUUCCUUACGCUGAGCCGCCAGUAGGGGAACUGCGCUUCAGGGCUCCGCUGCCUGGAGGGCCAUGGACGGGAGAACUGAAUGCAACAGAAGAUGGCAACCCAUGUUCCCAAGGCUUUCUUUCGUUUUACUUCGGCAGUGAGGACUGUCUUUAUCUGAAUGUAUACACCUCACAGUCUACUGCAGAACUUCUGCCUGUCAUGGUGUUCAUACACGGAGGAGCAUACAUUUUAGGAAACAACAGGGCUCCUAAUUACGGUCCUCAUUACUUGCUCGACAAAGACAUCAUCCUGGUCGUCAUAAACUAUCGUCUUGGCGUUCUGGGUUUCCUGAGUACUGGAGACGACGCAGCGCCAGGUAAUUUUGGUCUAAAGGACCAAGCCGAAGCCCUGCGGUGGGUCCAGAAGAACAUCGAAGCGUUCGGCGGUGAUUCAAACCGAGUGACGAUAUUCGGAGAGAGUGCAGGGGCUAUGUCGGCCCACUUCCACAUUCUGUCGCCAGUCAGCAAGGGGCUGUUCCAGGCGGCCAUUUCGGAGAGCGGGUCUGCACUUAUGCCAUUGACCUUUCGCGCCACCGGCAUGCUCUCGCAGGCAGAACGAUUGGCGGAUGCUGUUGGGUGCCCCAAGGAGAACACAGAAGAACUCAUCAGCUGUCUGAGGACAGUGGAUGUCAACACUCUCAUGAAAAAUCAACCGGACGACUGUCACGAACAGCCAGGAAACCUUCAAUUAUUUCUCUGCUUGUAUGAUAUGUUCUGGCGUCCAGUGCUUGAAGUUAAGACCGCUGAGAACCCAGAGCCCUUCCUAACGGCACCUCCUCAAGAAGUCAUCAAGUCUGGCGACUUCAACCGGGUGCCAUUGUUGCUGGGCUCCAACUCUCAUGAAGGAUCCUUAUUCCUGCUACCUUUCGUCAGCACCCAAGCUGGUAUCGAUUACUUGAAUGACCACUUGGACGACGUUGGCAGAGUCGCGUUCUUCUUGCAUGAAAGCGUGCCACAAGACAAUAUUUCUGACACGUGGAAGAAGGUGGUUGACUUCUACCUGGACGGCGACCGCAUCAUAACCCCAGCCACUGUGCACAACAUUAUUGACGCAGCAACGGACCGGUUCAUGCAACAUAAUGUACAGAAGUCUGUAGAACUGCACCUCAAGUCAGGCCAUGACAAAAUCUACCUCUACAACCUGCGCUACCGUGGGAAGUACAGUGCAUUGUCAAAUGCACGAUAUGGAGAGACACAGUAUGACCUUGGAGUUGUCCAUAUAGAUGAGAUGGAAUUUAUUCUGAGUUCAUCUUUGAUGGCAGACAGAUGGCAGCCAAGUCACCCUGACCUUGAAACAGUUGAAGCUGUAGUCACCUUGUGGACAAAUUUUGCAACACACUGGAACCCAACACCUGAUGCAAAAUCCGCACCUCAAGGUGUUGUGUGGCCAACAGCCGGUGCCAACAAGAAUACCUUGGUGUAUUAUGUGUUGGAUCAUGCCCCAGCUGAACCCAUUUAUGGCAUCAAGCCACUACAUAUAAGUGUGGUUCCUGACAAAUUUAAAGAUCGCAUAGACUUCUGGGAUUCUCUGCCUCUCAGGGAAAAUCAAGAAGAGUGAAACAGUUGGUUGGUUUUCAAGAGCUCUCCUAUAGAUAUGUAAAUGGUGUAUGAUAGAUUUACUUCUGUUUCCAGGUAUACUUACAUCCUGGAAACAUACAAUUUUGUCAAUUCUUUGUACAACAAAUAAGUUGUGAUACAAUUUACAAAUUAUGUAAAAGUACAUGUUUUUUCUCUCUUUUUGGAAACAUGAAUUCAAACCUAAAAUGUACAAAAAUCGAAUAAACCAUAAUUUCUGUUCUGGAAGUAUGAUCCAAUCUUAAAAACUUUUAGCAUUGAAAAAAAGUUGUUUUGUGAUGUUUAAGUUCUGAAUGUGUAUAAUUAACAACUAUGUCAAUGAAGUCUGACAAUAAUAUUUAAAACUAAAAUGCACAAUACACUUCCGGCAAACAUGAGCAAGCAGGUGGCAAAAACAACAAUAAACAAUUUGCUUUUACAAUGUUCUAAGUUUGAAUCGUUUAAACUGGUUCACUGGUCUUAAAGCCUGUUGAGGAAUCCACAGACAAGGGAAACCAGUGGUGGCAGCCUAGCAUAGCUUUGCACUGAAAUUGAAUUUCUCUACAAGAGCAGCAAUGUGAAAGCAAUAGAGGACUGCACGUCCAAACUGGGACAGGGAGAAGAAUUUUCUUUCACGAAGAAAGAGAAGGGAAAAAAAGAGACUAUUCCAGAAGUCUCCUGGAAUGAAAUGUGGCACAGACGACUUCUUCAUAGAAGCAAACUAUGAAUCACAUCGAUCUUUCUCAUAACCAACACUUAAAACACCUUCCGUCGUAGGCAUUUCCAUCAUGCCAUAUGUACUCGUUAUAUCGCUCUAUUGUUAUUACUGGAGGAAAUUUCUCUCCACUGACUAAAUCACAGCUCAAACUUUCGUCAUAAUAUAUAACAUAAAAUUCCCUGACAAUGGCAAAAGCCGUGUCCUUGGUCCCACAAUGUUUAAAACAACAAUUAAGGAUACCAAUAAAAAUACGGCGGCAGUCACAGUAACGGCCCGUUUGUAUCAGAACCAAAAGUGCAUAGAUUACAGCAAAUUAAUGGUGACAACUCGGCUACCAAAGCCUUCUUUGUGCAAAUGGGACGAUAAAAUUAAGUUCCGUUGAGCUUUUCAACUUCUAACGUACUUCAUUAAUUAUUUUGUUCCAUUUAUCAAUACGAGACGGGUUGAUUUCGUAAUAAUGGGAUUAAUAACAGAGUAAUGUUGCGUGUUUCCAAGAAAGUCAGUUAUAUAUGGAACUAAUUCCCGUGAGAGAGUACGUGAAGCAUGAACUACAAAAUAGAGUUAUGAAAUAUUUAAGAAUUAAUUUCAGUUAUAACAUCCACUGCCCAAUAUGUGACGUGCAUU